AUGCUCACUGGUCUUCUUCACUUGUGGCGCAAACUGUGGCUGACCAUCAAAAACUACAAUUUAUUCCCAUCAAUUCCACCCACUCAAGAUCAACAUCAACUUCGAAAUCAACGCCUUUCUACACGACUUUUCAUCGUCCUUCUCAUCCUCUCCCUUAUCGUUCUCAUUCUCUACACAUCAUUGAUCACCAUCACACAGACACUCAAAUUCACUUCACCCUCAAUCACACAAUACCGUCAACUAUAUUCCACAUAUUCACAAACAUUAUCGUGUGAUUGUAAACAAAUCUCCAUCAACUAUGACACUUUUCUGCAUCUCAACUACACACUUCAUCAAGUUUGCGACAGCAUUUUUGUCACUCAAGAUUGGUUCGAUUACCUCCAGCGAGCUUCCCCAAAUAUACCCAUGUAUGGUGUUGAUUUACGGCGUAGUGCUGCAAAUAUUUUCCAAGGGAUGCGUGCAUUCUGUGAUUUGAGUCGACAGACGAUCGAGAAUCGCUUGACUGAGUUCUACGCAACUCAGUAUGUCAGCGCAGAUGUGGUGCCUGACGAACUGUUUCAAUUGCAAGCCGAAUCACUUAUUUCUCAGUUCAUUUCGUCAACUAUCAACAACUUCUUGUUGUCGUUGGCAUCGAUUCGACAAACGACACAGAGUAACGUCUUGCUCAACGCACAAUUUAACAACUUUAAGUUUGAAACUGACCAAGUUUCCUCCGUAUAUUCGUACCCAUGCUUAUAUAAUGGAUGCAGUUGCGCAAAUUCAGCAAAAUGUACAAUGCAAUGUGUCGUUUUUAACGGCAUUGAACUCACAGUCUUAUUCUAUGUGCCAGGAAUGUAUAUCGGAUGUUAUCCGGUCGAGUCACUGUUACAAUCAGAUCUCCGAUGUUGGUAUAAUCAAUCAUGCAUCAGCCAAGUUCAAUCAUAUUUCAACGCAUCUGCACCGAUGAAUGUUACCGCUCUCAAAGCAGCUGUGUCGGAAGAGUUUGAGAUGAACUCGACCAUGGAGGAGAUUCUUGGCAAGUUGAUGAUCGAAGAAUGGUUUCCGACAUUGAUGUAUGAGAAUUAUUACAAUGCGUGUAGUCCAUCGGAAUGUUCGUAUGUGGUCGAAGUGAGAAACAGUGUUGUUUACAUAGUGACUACAGUGAUUGGGGUGAUCGGUGGCUUGGUUACAAUAUUAAGAUUGAUUGUGCCCCGUGUAGUGACUCUUGUGAGAAAAAAUCGGCAAACAGAAGCAUCAGCAACAAUUUCCACCGAGCAAGAAACUCAUUCUAACAUUCUUCAAAGAAUAAAAAAUUAUGCGGAAACCUUCAGUCUAUUCCCAUCGAUACCACCCACUCAAGAUCAACAUCAACUUCGAAAUCAACGCCUUUCUACACGACUUUUCAUCAUCCUUCUCAUCCUCUCCCUUAUCGUUCUCAUUCUCUACACAUCAUUGAUCACCAUCACACAGACACUCAAAUUCACUUCACCCUCAAUCACACAAUACCGUCAACUAUAUUCCACAUAUUCACAAACAUUAUCGUGUGAUUGUAAACAAAUCUCCAUCAACUAUCACACAUUUCUGCAUCUCAACUACACACUUCAUCAAGUUUGCGACAGCAUUUUUGUCACUCAAGAUUGGUUCGAUUAUCUCACUCUCGCCCGCCCACAAACCAUUCUAUAUGCUGAUGAUUUUCUAGUUAGUGGUACAUAUCUUUUCCAAGGGAUGCGUGCAUUCUGUGAUUUGAGUCGACAGACGAUCGAGAAUCGCUUGACUGAGUUCUAUGCAACUCAGUACGUCAGCGCAGAUGUGGUGCCUGAUGAACUGUUUCAAUUGCAAGCCGAAUCACUUAUUUCUCAGUUCAUUUCGUCAACUAUCAACAACUUCUUGUUGUCAUUGUCAUCGAUUCGACAAACGACACAAAGCAAUAUUCUAUUUUCAGCGCGGCAAACUAACUAUGCACUUCUAAUUUAUCAAACUAACUUGAUAUAUUCAAUCCCAUAUUCAUACAGCGGAUGCAGUUGCGCAAGUUCAGCAAAAUGUGCAUAUCAGUGCCGAAUGUAUAAUGGCCUUCACCCAACAGUCUUAUUCUAUGUGCCAGGAAUGUAUAUCGGAUGUUAUCCGGUCGAGUCACUAUUACAAUCAGAUCUCCGAUGUUGGUAUAAUCAAUCAUGCAUCAGCCAAGUUCAAUCAUAUUUCAACGCAUCUGCACCGAUGAAUGUUACCGCUCUCAAAGCAGCUGUGUCGGAAGAGUUUGAGAUGAACUCGACCAUGGAGGAGAUUCUUGGCAAGUUGAUGAUCGAAGAAUGGUUUCCGACAUUGAUGUAUGAGAAUUAUUACAAUGCGUGUAGUCCAUCGGAAUGUUCGUAUGUGGUCGAAGUGAGAAACAGUGUUGUUUACAUAGUGACUACAGUGAUUGGGGUGAUCGGUGGCUUGGUUACAAUAUUAAGAUUGAUUGUGCCCCGUGCAGUGGCUCUCAAUUUGAAUGUCUUUCCAUCGAUACCACCCACUCAAGAUCAACAUCAACUUCGAAAUCAACGCCUUUCUACACGACUUUUCAUCGUCCUUCUCAUCAUCUCCCUUAUCGUUCUCAUUCUCUACACAUCAUUGAUCACCAUCACACAGACACUCAAAUUCACUUCACCCUCAAUCACACAAUACCGUCAACUAUAUUCCACAUAUUCACAAACAUUAUCGUGUGAUUGUAAACAAAUCUCCAUCAACUAUCACACAUUUCUGCAUCUCAACUACACACUUCAUCAAGUUUGCGACAGCAUUUUUGUCACUCAAGAUUGGUUCGAUUAUCUCACUCUCGCCCGCCCACAAACCAUUCUAUAUGCUGAUGAUUUUCUAGUUAGUGGUACAUAUCUUUUCCAAGGGAUGCGUGCAUUCUGUGAUUUGAGUCGACAGACGAUCGAGAAUCGCUUGACUGAGUUCUAUGCAACUCAGUACGUCAGCGCAGAUGUGGUGCCUGAUGAACUGUUUCAACUGCAAGCUGAAUCACUUAUUUCUCAGUUCAUUUCGUCAACUAUCAACAACUUCUUGUUGUCAUUGUCAUCGAUUCGACAAACGACACAAAGCAAUAUUCUAUUUUCAGCGCGGCAAACUAAUUAUGAGCUUGGUGUCUAUCAAAAUGUCGUAGUGUAUUCAAUCCCAUAUUCAUAUAGCGGAUGCAGUUGCGCAAGUUCAGCAAAAUGUGCAUAUCAGUGCCGAAUGUAUAAUGGCUUUCACCCAACAGUCUUAUUCUAUGUGCCAGGAAUGUAUAUCGGAUGUUAUCCGGUCGAGUCACUAUUACAAUCAGAUCUUCGAUGUUGGUAUAAUCAAUCAUGCAUCAGUCAAGUACAGUCAUAUUUCAACGCAUCUGCACCGAUGAAUGUUACCGCUCUCAAAGCAGCUGUGUCGGAAGAGUUUGUGACGAACUCGACCAUGGAGGAGAUUCUUGGCAAGUUGAUGAUCGAAGAAUGGUUUCCGACAUUGAUGUAUGAGAAUUAUUACAAUGCGUGUAGUCCAUCGGAAUGUUCGUAUGUGGUCGAAGUGAGAAACAGUGUUGUUUACAUAGUGACUACAGUGAUUGGGGUGAUCGGUGGCUUGGUUACAAUAUUAAAGCAAGCAAUACCAUUAUUUGUGGAAUUGAGCGUAUUUUGUAGCCGUAAAUGGAGGAUGAACUAUGGCCGUAAUUCAGUGUUACCCGUCGUGUGA